AUGUCCACCCUCUCCGACACCCGGAGACAUACCAAGCCAUGCCGCCUGUAUGCACAAGGUCACUGUCGCUUUGGAGCAUCGUGCAAGUUCAACCACGAGCUUGCUUCACAAGUCACAACUCACGGCACACCAGCAUCACAGUCAGAGACUCUCAACUAUCCUGUUCAUACGCAACGCGCUCCUCGCGUUCGCACGAAGCGGAAGUCUAGUGCACGGCCACAGCCGCCGGCUACGGAUGAUGAACAGCCUUCUCCAGUGACACUGGGCAGCCUGCAAUACCAAUCUCGACCCUCUCCGCCCAUCGCUGAGAGCUCUAGCUCCACGAACACGAAUCCAACAGUUUUAGCCGGUAACCCACGCCCUAAACGCGGCGAGAUACCGUGCCAUGCUUGGAAGACGGGUUCAUGCACAAAGGGCGCUAAAUGUUGGUUCGGACACGAUCCCGAAGUACAAGAAGCUGCACGCAUCCGCGCAGAACAAGCACUAGAGCGUGCCAGGCAGGAAGUGGCUCAGCAUGCUCGCCAAGUGCAGGAGGAGGCAGAGCGCCAGGCCCGCCUCGCACAGGAGGAAGCAGAAAGGCAGGUCCGCCUCGUACAGGAAGAGGCAGAAAGGCUAGCUCAGGAACGAGCUCGAGAAGAGCAUGAGCGUGCACGCCGGGCACGUCUUGCGGAGCGGGAGGCGGCCCGUGAACGAGAGCGGCAGGCGCGCACAGCGGAACUCGCGAAGGAGGACGCCGCGAAGACAAUCCAGCACGUCGUGCUCGGAUCCAUCGUCACAUUUAGCGCUGGCCUGAGCGUUGACAAAAUCAUUACUGGCUUCGAGUCCUGCACCGUGCGCACGAAGAACCUUCCACUCGACGCUCGAGAAGAUGAAGUCCGCGCGUUGUUCACCCAACAGGGCAUCGAUGCAGGGCGUUUUCAUAUCGUCAGCUUGAAGCGGACCCCGGACGGGAAGCAGGAGGCCGUUGUUGUUAUGGAGGCGGAAUCCGGAUCUGCUUUGGCGGCAGGCCUCGACGGACUUGAGUUUAGGGAGGAGACGUUGGUUUUCGAAGUUGGCUCACACAACAUCCCCGGAAGCAUGAACUCAGCUACUGGACGGGAUGCCGACGUGCUCACGAUCUCAUGGCGCGCUCCCUCUGCGCGUUACGUUGUCGAAUAUCCCGACGUUCUUCACGCUAAUCGCAAAGUCCAGGAACUCAACAAUCGCAUUUGUGCUGGGCGCCGAGUGAAACUGGAGAUGAAUACUCUCCCCCCCGGACGCUUCGUGCCCAGUUUCCGACCUAACUCCGUCAAGAUCAACAACCUUGCAUCUACCGUGGCUGACCAAGAAGUUAGAGACUUCGCUGGCUCUGAUCUGGUCAGACGACUGAAUGGACUCUCUUAUAACGCCGAGCACGCUAUACGGCAGUUACGCCACGAAGUAGAACUCCUGGCUUCUGGAGCAAUGAGAACAUUUGAUCAGACAUCCACUCUGGACAGCGUCAAUGGUGUCAUCUCCGUCCGCGUACAGUUCACGUCAUGGGAGGAAGCUCAGAAGGUUCAUGAUUCUCUCGCCGACCGGAAGAUCCAUUAUAUUGGUUAUUCUUCGUUCUGGCUCCGACUUCCCAGCCCCUUGCUCUACACGGUCGUCAUCUCGGCUGAGCAAUACAAGGCACAGAAGACACAGUGGGCCUCAUUAAUUGACAGCAUCAAGGACAGAAAGGCUUGCAACUUAAUCGUCAAUGAGCAGGCAAACUUUGUCCGCAUCCGCUUGUCGGGCUCAGUGAAGCAGGCUAUUGGUUCUCUCAAGGUCAGAGUGGAGACUUUGAUUGCUGGAGAGCAAGUAGAGGGAUGGCAUUCAUCGCUCGGAUACUCCAGGAGCAUGUUUGUGCGCUCGGUGUUCGACGAGACGGGCGCGUAUAUGCGGGGAGAUUGGAGGAGACAGGUCCUCAAGGUGUAUGGAGAGCCAAGAGCGGUCGAACGCGCACGCGAACUCAUCAAGGCCGAACUCGAGCGACUGUCAGCGACGGAGAAGACGGUCUCUCUAAAGAGACAGUCGGUCAGCUUCUUUAUCCGCCAUGGAAUCCCAGCUCUGAAGGAGACGUUUGGCGAAGACAGUGUCAAGUUUGUUGCCUCGAGCAGCAAGAUCACCAUCACAGGGGGCGAGGAGGUCCGACAUGCCCUGUCGCGUCUGAUCGAGGAGUCCCUUAGCGAGCUUCACACUCUGCCCAAUCAGCCUCUGGCAGAACAGGCCUGCCCGAUCUGCUACGACAGCAUCUCCUCCCCACACUACCUCGGCUGCGGACAUGUCUAUUGCAUGGCGUGUUUGCGCCAUUUCCUGACGAGUGCUGUGGACUCGGAUGAGUUCCCGCUUGUCUGUAUGGGCGACGAGGCUCGAUGCGGCGUGCCGAUUCCAAUCCCGACGAUCCAGCGAUUCCUCCCACCUGCGUCGUUCAAUCGCCUACUGGAGGUGGUGUUCAACAAGCACAUCGCCGAGCGCCCGCAAGAACUCAAGUACUGUAAGACGCCGGACUGCACGCAGCUCUAUCGCGCUGCGACCCAGAACAUACCGGCAUCUGCGCUCCAGUGCCCAUCGUGCUUCUCGACGGUCUGCUCGUCAUGCCAUGAGGAUGCGCAUGAGGGUAUGAGCUGUGCAGAAUACAGGAUUCAGAAGGAUCCAACCGAACAGGAGCGCUUGAAUGAUGCAUGGAUCGCUCAGCAAGGUGGACGUGUCAAGAAAUGCCCAUCGUGCAGUGUUCCGAUCGAGAAGCUGGAGGGGUGCAACCACAUGUCUUGCCGGUGUGGUGCCCACAUAUGUUGGCGGUGCAUGGGCAUUUUCACUGCUGAUACCAUCUACCCGCACAUGCACGCGCAGCAUGGAGGAAUUCAUGAUGAUGCGGAACCGGCUCUGGACUUUGACUAUCGUGAACAGCAAGAGCUAUUGCGGCAAGUGCAAGCUCGUCGCGCACAGCAGGCGCAACCAUUUGAGUUGGAUGCUCAGCGCCGAGCGAGAGCACUCCAACUGUGGGACGAAGAGCAACAGAGGCGGUUACAGGAAGACAUAGAACGAGGACGGCGGAUGCGGUUGCAGAUACAGGAAGACCGAUUGCGGGAGGAACAGCGGAGACGGGCGCAGGAGGAACAAGCACGGCAGAGGCGCGAGAACGAGCGGCCGCAGGGAUGGGGUUGUAUAAUCAUGUAG